AGGGUUAUUACACGUCUAAUUCAGAUGGGUUCACCAUGAUACCACCCAUUGAAUCACGAAGGAGUAAACUACAAAUGAUGGCUCAGAAAGAAGAGGAGGAUUUACAGAGAUGGAAGGAAGCAAACAGACCUGGUCCUGUCCAGCUGGCCCCAGAGAGGCUAGGUGGUGCUGUGUCAUUGGCUGAGGCCAGAGAGAGGCAGCUGUUGGAGUUACGCCGAUCUAAACUGCAGAAACAGCUGAGAAAAGAGGAGAUUGACCGGCAACGGAAACAGGCUGAGGAAGAGGAGAAUGACAGGAUGAAGGCUAAACAGCGGGAGAAGACUGAGAGACUGGAGGAGAGGAGAGAACAGGAGGAGAGGCAGAGGAGAGAAGUUCUCCAACAGGACCACCUCAGGAAGACAAAGCAGUUCCUUCAGAGGGUGGAGAGGUCAGAUGCAGCUCCAUUGGCAGUGACUAGUGCCUCACACACAUCACCCUGGGCCAGAGCCCAGGAAUACAGGUCAGAGAGGAGAGAGGAGGAGAACACCGCUCUACAGCUGAAGAAGGAGGAACAGAGGAAGAAGAGUGAGGUUUUGGAGGAGAAAGAGAGUGAUCAAGAGGAGGAGAGGAUGAGAGAAUUGAGAAGGGGGAGAUCAGCUUUCCUCGACCGACUGCAGGGUGGGGGCACAGAGGUUGCAGGGGGGCAGAUUGAGCUACAGCGCCCCCCUGUGGCUAUGGAGGAGGACAGAAGAGGCUGGCAGACCCAUAGCCAGACCUCCCGACCACAAGACACCUUUACAUCCCCGGAGCCUGAUCCAGCACACAACACCUCAGAGUGGCAAGAUGAGACCAAUGACCCAGCAGAGAGCAUCAUGGGAGUGUCCUCUCAGACUGCAGUGAACGGGCUUGAUCCAGACAUUGAGUGGGUUGUGAUGAAGCUUCAGAAUAGCUUCCCGUUCUGUGAGAGACCCUUUCUGGAGGACAUCGUCAUUCAGUGUAACGGAGACUAUCAACAGGCCUAUGACUUACUUAUCUAGUGUUGCGGAGCCUCCAACAGGCAUGUGUGUUAGUCUAAUGACAACCCUUGUGUAUUAACUUUUAGUGCUGAAUCUUCCUCAUAUCUUCAUCUAGUACUAAUAAUAUUGUGAACCUUGAAAGUAAUAGUACAAUUGUGAAACUUGAUUCCGUAAUAAUGAUAAUAUUGUGAAACUUGACAAUAUCUAUGGAUCAAGUAAUGAUACUAUUGUGAAAGGUAAAAUCUUAGUAAUAAUAAUAGAGUGAAACGACUUAAUUUCGUCAGCACAAUUUACAAAUUGCUCCAUUGUGUCUGACAUUGAUUUAGGAUGUUUUUUACAAAUGAGUUGUAGGUCACUAGGAUGAGUCAGCAUCUUUAUAUCCAUUUGGCUUUUAACAAGCUCAUUGUGUUGUUAUGGAAACAUCUGUCCUGUUUUCUGUUUCUCUGUAUAAAGGCUAAUCACAAUAACAUGUUGGCUAUCCAUUACAAGGGUUUGUCAUCUGUAUGAUGGACAACAAUAGACCGUCUCCCUUGGUGUGUCCUAUUAGAUAAUAUAUUGGGUCUUUAUGUUCUGUGUCACCUCUGGUUUCGCUGAGAUGUUUGACUUUUCACUUUGUAUUCUUCAGAUGUUUCCCUGAUUGAAUUAGUAUUGUGAUGUUUGGGUCAGCUAUCCAGGGCUGUGUUUAAUAAAUCGUUGUUCAACACAAUACGA